AUAUAUAUUUAUUCCUCCUCCUUUCCACCGAGCCAUGAAGAUGAUUUUGGUGCGCAAAUUCCGGAUCCUUAUCCUAAUGGUGUUCCUCAUCGCCUGCACCAUGCAUAUCAUGAUCGACCUGCUGCCCAAGCUGGAGAAGCGGGCGGCGGGCGCCGACGGAGCCGGAGACGGCAGAGGCGGCGCUGGCGGAGCCGAAGGAGGCAGCGCCAACGCGGGCUGCUCCUGUUCGCACGCCGCGGCCGCCGCCGCAGCCAGCCGAGCCGGGGAGAAGGAAGGCGCGCGGGGCUGGGCGCCGGCUCCGGAGCUGCCCGAGCAGCAGCAGCAGCAGGCGGCGGCUGCAGCGCCCGCGGAGAGGGCCGGCGCCUCGGAGGCUGCCGCUGCAGCCGCGGGCUGGCCUAGCAAGCACACGCUGCGGAUCCUGCAGGACUUCAGCAGCGACCCCAGCUCCAACGUGAGCUCGCACUCGCUGGAGAAAGGCGCCUCGGAGCGGGCCGAAGCCUUCAAGCGCGCGCAGCAGGAGAAGCAGCAGCAGCCAAAGGGGCCGGAUCUGACCCAGAAAGCGCUCAUCCAAGAUGGGGAGCUGCGCCACGGCCAGCCGAGCAAGAGGAAGCAGCAGCCGCCGGGGAAUCGCUUGGGAGGCCACCGGCCUCGCCAGCAGCCGGGCUACGAAGAGGAGGAGGAUGAGGAAGGCGCGUAUUUCUCCAAGCUGGCGGCUCUCUUCGAGCACCCGCUGUACAAGCUGCCCGUCCCGCCGCUGGGAGACCAGGACGUCCUGUUCAGCGUCAACAGCGACAUCCGAUUCAACCCCAAAGCGGCGGAGAACCAGGAAUGGCAAAAUGAAGGCAACGAAGACGAAGAGUUUCUACCUACUGGAGAAACAUCAAUUGAUUCCUAUCCAAACUGGCUCAAAUUCCACAUUGGCAUUAAUCGAUAUGAACUGUAUUCCAGACACAACCCGGCAAUCGGAGCCUUGCUUCAGGACCUGGCCUCCCAGAAAAUAACAAGUGUCGCAAUGAAAUCGGGAGGCACCCAGCUCAAACUGAUAAUGACAUUCCAGAAUUACGGGCAAGCCUUGUUUAAGCCAAUGAAGCAAACGAGAGAGCAAGAAACUCCCCCAGACUUUUUCUAUUUCUCGGACUACGAGAGGCACAAUGCGGAAAUUGCAGCAUUUCACCUGGACAGAAUCCUGGAUUUCCGGCGUGUCCCACCAGUCGCAGGCAGAUUAGUUAACAUGACCAGAGAAAUAAGGGACGUUACGCGUGACAAGAAACUAUGGCGGACGUUUUUCAUCUCGCCAGCCAACAACAUCUGUUUCUAUGGCGAGUGCUCUUACUACUGCUCCACAGAGCAUGCUCUUUGUGGGAAACCGGACCAGAUCGAAGGCUCCCUCGCUGCCUUUCUGCCAGACCUGUCUUUGGCCAAAAGGAAAACCUGGAGGAAUCCAUGGAGACGUUCCUACCACAAGCGCAAGAAAGCCGAGUGGGAAGUUGACCCCGACUAUUGCGAAGAGGUCAAGCAAACACCACCCUACGACAGGGCCCGAGUUCUGGAUAUAAUGGACAUGACCAUUUUUGACUUUCUCAUGGGCAAUAUGGAUCGCCAUCAUUAUGAAACCUUUGAGAAGUUUGGAAAUGAGACGUUUAUUAUCCACUUAGACAACGGAAGAGGGUUUGGAAAAUAUUCCCACGACGAGCUGUCCAUCUUGGUGCCUUUAAAUCAGUGCUGCAGAAUACGGAAGUCCACCUACCUGCGGUUGCAGCUGCUAGCCAAGGAAGAAUACAAGCUCAACCUGAUGGAAGAAUCCUUGCUGAAGGACAAGAUCACACCCAUCUUGUACAAGCUGCACCUGGAAGCAAUGGACAGAAGGCUCCGGAUAGUCCUCAAGGCCGUCAGUGACUGUAUAGAGAAAGAUGGCUACAGAAACGUCGUCGAAAAUGACUUUGUCUCCGACGUGAACACGAUGGCUACCAAGAGGUAGUGGAGAUCGCAGGACCACGUUUUAUUGGUUCCGUGAAAGGAAAAAAAACCGGAGCCGGGGAGGGAAACAGUCUUGUGAGGGACUGUGUAUGCCGCUGUGUGAAUUCAGUGAAUUCAGAAAUUGAUAAGGACUAUUCUCAAAGUAGCUAAGGCGUAGACUGCAGAGGAUUUAGCUCUGGGGCUCAGGCGCAACCAGCUGGACCAAUUUGGAUGCCCCUUGGGGAACCUGUGAGUUUUUGGCAGAUGUGGCCUCCCCGUUGCCACAGCCUCCAUGCAGUCCUGCUUCCCUUCAGCCCUAAAUUAUUUCUUCCCGUUGCCCGUGGCGGCGCAAGGGUUACACCUUGUGGGCGGAGCUUCUGGCAAGCCCCGCCUUGUGUGGUGUUGCUGUAGAUCCUGCGAUGUGGUUGUGGCCAAGCCCUCUCCAUCCUACGCGCAGAUACAAGACACACAGGCACGCGGGGCCUUGGGCAAAGCGUACCAGCAAUGUGGGGAAGGGCUUGCAGGAAAUUUUGAGGUGGGUAAAGGAAUAGUUGUCCUCCAGAUUAAGUGAUUAGAAAAAGAAAUGCACUCAUUGCCACACUUUUAAAAAGAGCCGGUCCCCAAAACAUGAUUUGGAAAAAAUAUUUUGAGAACAUGAAUUGCCUGGUGGCAAAAUGCACUUCUUUCCUUUCCUUUUGAGCUUAUUUUGUUUGUACAGAAAGCAGAUCUUUAUUUAAUAUUUUGUAUUUAUAUAUGAAAAAGUUGUCCUUUUUGUUGUUUUGUUUUGU